AUGUUUGUCCAGCAGGGGAUGCAAGUGUGUUGCUAUGAUUGCGUUCUGUGUCCUAAAGGAAGCAUUUCAUCCCAGAAUGAUGCAGCUCAAUGUGAGACGUGCCCAGAGGAUCAAUAUCCAAGCAAGGAACAGGACCAUUGUGUUACCAAAGAAAUAAUCUACCUGUCUUACAAGGAGCCCUUGGGAGCAGUGCUGGCUUCCUUGGCUCUCUGCCUUUCCUUGAUCACAGUUGUGGCAAUAGCAACCUUCAUUCGAUACUGUAAUUCACCCAUUGUCAAAGCCAACAACUGGAACAUUACAUGCAUCUUGCUCUCCUCGCUUCUGCUCUGUUUUCUUUGCCCUUUCUUAUUCAUUGGCAGACCUGGACCAUUGACCUGCCUUUUGAGGCAAGCAGUGUUUGGCUUCAUCUUCUCCAUUGCUGUUGCUUGCAUUUUAGCAAAAACCAUGACUGUGGUUCUGGCCUUCAUGGCAACGAAACCUGGAAACAGGAUGAGGAAAUGGGUUGGGAAGAGGUUGGCAGUAUCAGUCAUCAUUUUCUGUUCUCUUAUUCAAACUAUCAUCUGUGCUGUGUGGCUGGCAACCUCUCCUCCCUUCCCAGAGUUUGACAUGCACUCCCAGAUGGGACAGGCCAUAGUUCAAUGCAAUGAAGGGUCAGACAUCAUGUUCUAUAUUGUCCUUGGCUACAUGGGGCUUCUUGCCACCAUCAGCUUCACAGUAGCCUUCUUUGCUAGAAGGUUGCCUGAUACUUUUAAUGAAGCCAAGCUCAUCACCUUCAGCAUGUUGGUUUUCUGUAGUGUUUGGUUAUCCUUUGUCCCAACUUACCUGAGCACAAAAGGGAAAUACAUGGUGGCUGUGGAGAUCUUCUCCAUUUUGGCCUCUAGUGCCGGCUUAUUGUGUUUUAUCUUCCUCCCCAAAUGCUACAUACUUAUACUGAAGCCUGAACUGAACAGCAGAGAGCAAUUAGUAAGAAAAAGGUCUGGACACAGUUGA